AGGUCCGGAUCUUUCGAAUUAACGCAGACGCUCUCAAGACGCAUGCGCACCGGAGAAGGCGGCGACCGCCCAGCCGCCCCGGGAGUGGACCGCGGGGGCACCCCUAUGGGAUCAGAACGAAUAGAAAAACGAAAACGUCAGAUGUCGAUAGCCCAGGAGCCACCCAGAGCUGCACGGGGACAACAUGCAGGGGGGAACCGUGGCUCAAAUGCCUGCUGCUUCUGCUGGUGCUGCUGCUGCAGCUGCUCCUGUCUCACGGUCAGAAACCAAGAAGAACAGAGACCCAGGCGAGCGUCCCAUGAACCCAGAAUUGGUCUCCCAACCUGCGAAAAAAGCGCAACCCCCACUCUGGAAGAAGUCAGUGCCUGGGCUCAGUCUUUCGACAAGCUAAUGAUCACUCCAGCAGGAAGGGACACUUUCCGCGAAUUCCUCCGGACAGAAUUCAGUGAAGAAAAUAUGCUUUUCUGGAUGGCUUGUGAGGAACUGAAAACAGAAGCUAAUAAAAACAUGAUUGAAGAGAAAGCAAGAAUAAUAUAUGAAGACUACAUUUCCAUUCUUUCUCCGAAAGAGGUCAGCUUAGACUCCGGAGUACGAGAAGUCAUCAAUAGAAACAUGUUGGAACCAUCCCCGGACAUAUUUGAUGAUGCCCAACUCCAGAUUUACACCCUCAUGCACAGAGACUCUUAUCCUCGGUUUAUGAACUCAACCCUCUACAAGGACUUGCUCCAGUCCUUAUCAGAGAAAUCCAUCUAAGCAUAGGACUUUUCAAAUACCCUUAUUGCUAAUGAAAUAUUCACCCAUAAAUACGUGUAGAACAGAGAAUAUAGAGUUAGUAGUCUCAUCUCUUGAAGAAAUACUCAGGCUACUUUAAUAAUAUGCUUCCUUCUCCAAAGGAGAACGUAAACUGCAGCUUCCUUGCAUGCUGUUUUAGAGGGAGAGAGUGGAAUAGAACUUCUUUAUAAGGGUAAUAUAUUUACAUGUUCAGUAACUGUAGUGUUUUCUCACCAGCAGAGACUACACUAGAAGACUCCAUACUACCCAAGGCAUGUACAUCCCCUGGAACAAAUGAGACCACUGUUGUUUUACAUGAGUUCAGUUACGGAGUAUUCUCCCCCAAAAGAAAGUUUAUUCAGGGUUUCUCUCUGCACCACCACCCCCCCUUAUCAGUGUCAUUACUGAGUCCAAAUUCAAAUUUUAUAGACAGGUAACCAAUAUUUGUAAUAAUGAUACUCCACUUUAUCUUAGAAUAUGUAUAUGUAGAUAUACGUGUGUGUUAAUCUUUACAUUGUUAAUGUAAAACAGUGCGCUCUGAAGUGGCCCAACCUCAAUAUUUGUAAGAGAAGCAAUACUUAGGAAAUUAUUUCAUUAAAAAUUUACCAUUAUUUUAAUAUCA